AUGAAUGGGGAUACUCCGUCGAGAAGCGAUCCAAGUACCACGGCCACCACGGCCCGUACAUCAUCGACUCGGCGCGAGAAUGCUGAGAGGAAACGCAUCCACUGGGCACCACUAAAUGUUGGCCUAGAGCGUCGCUUGCAGACGUUAAUUGUGCUCUGCCACACGCUUACCAUUGCAAUCUUCCUAACCAGCUUCUUCUUCACAUGUGCCAUCCCCUUGUUCUGGCCUCUCCUACUGCCGUAUCUGGUCUAUAUCUCACUAUUCUCCACGGCACCCACGUCAGGAGAACUCAAAGGCCGGAGUAACUUCUUGCGAUCACUUCCUAUCUGGAAGAUCUAUGCAUCUUACUUCCCCGCCCGUCUUCACCGCGAAGAGCCCUUACCCCCUACAAAGAAGUAUAUCUUCGGCUAUCACCCACACGGCAUCAUUUCCCACGGUGCCUUCGCCGCCUUCGGCACAGAAGCCCUCGGCUUCUCCAAACUAUUCCCAGGAAUCACAAACACCCUCUUAACCCUGGACUCGAAUUUCCGCAUCCCGUUUUACAGAGAGUAUGCGCUUGCCAUGGGCCUAGCCAGCGUGUCGCGGGAGUCAUGCGAGAAUCUUCUGACCAAAGGAGGGGCUAACGGAGAAGGAAUGGGCCGGGCAAUCACCAUCGUCAUUGGAGGAGCUCGCGAAUCACUCAACUCCCAGCCCUAUUCCCUCCGUCUAGUCUUGAAGCGACGAAAGGGGUUCAUCAAGCUGGCCAUUCGCACGGGCGCUGACUUAGUACCCGUGCUCGCCUUUGGUGAGAACGAUUUGUACGAACAAGUGCGUUCCGACGAGCAUCCGAUCAUCCACAAACUGCAAAUGUUGAUCAAGCGUACGAUGGGAUUUACGAUCCCGCUAUUCCAUGCGCGCGGAGUAUUCAAUUAUGAUGUUGGGUUGAUGCCAUAUCGACGACCUCUCAACAUUGUAAUCGGCAAGCCGAUUCCAGUGAUGCAACAGUCGAAUCGGGAUAAGAUCAAUGACAGCUACAUCGAUGAGCUUCAUGCUCGAUACGUACAGGAGCUUCAGCGAUUAUGGGAUCAGUGGAAAGAUGUCUACGCUAAAGACAGGACGGGCGAACUGGAGAUUAUUUCUUAA